UAUAAAUGCCAAAAGCUUACACUGAUUUUUAAUAACUCAACUUUUCAACUUUAGCUUUCCACUUCCACUUCAAAAUUUCUUCAAGAUAAUGGGUAGUCUACCAUGGCUUGCUCACUUUCUCUGCUUCUUUUUUUUUCACUUUCAUUUUCAAGCUUCGGCUUCUUUUUCUUUUAAUUCCUCCUCUGCGGCCAUGUUAUGCCAACAUGACCAGAGUCUUGCCUUGCUUCAAUUCAAGAAAAACUUUUCCAUCACAAGUGAUGCCUCUCCCUGGGAUUUCCCUUACCCCAAGCCUUAUCCAAAGACAGACACUUGGAAAGAGGGUACAGAUUGCUGCUUGUGGGAUGGGGUCACUUGCGACAUAGAAACGGGUAAUGUAAUUGGCCUUGACCUUUCUUCUAGCUUGCUUUAUGGUACCAUCGAUUCUAAUAAUACUCUUUUCUUCCUUCCUCAUCUCCAAAAGCUUGACCUCUCUAAUAAUAAUUUCAACCACUCUCAAAUUGUACCUCAGUUUGGCCAAUUUUUGAAUUUAACAUAUCUUAACCUAAAUUACUCUGUUUUUGAGGGCCAAAUUCCACUAGAAAUUUCUUAUCUUUCUGGUUUGGUUUCGCUUGAUCUUUCUAGGAACAGUUAUUUAAUACUCGAAGCCACUAUUUUUAACCAGCUUGUUCAAAACCUAACCCAGUUACAGGAAUUGGACUUGAGUGGUGUAAACAUGUCUUUGGUUGCACCUAAUUCCUUGAUGAAUUUGUCUUUUUCUUUGACAUCUCUCAAUCUCCAUUCUUGUUCAUUGGAAGGGAAAUUCCCAGAUAUCAGUCAUCUAUUUGAAUUGGUUUCACUUGAUUUUUCGGCAAACUAUGAUUUGAUACUAGAAACCACUUGUUUUAAGAAGCUUGUUCAAAACCUAACCCAGUUACAGGAAUUGGACUUGAGUGGUGUAAACAUGUCUAUAGUUAAACCUAAUUCUUUGAUGAAUCUCUCUUCUUCUUUAUCAUCACUUGCGCUAUCGUCUUGUGAUUUGCAAGGGAAAUUCCCAGACAACAUAAUUCCAUCCUCGCUUGGAAGCCUUAAGCGACUCUUUUCAUUGGACCUCUCCUAUAACAAUUUUAAUGGUGAGAUUCCCUCCUCAUUUGAAAACCUUAAACAGCUUCAUACUUUGUAUCUUUGCAACAAUAAUCUCAGUGGUCAAAUUCCAUCCUCACUUGGAAGCCUUAAGGAACUCUCUUCAUUGGACCUCUCCUACAAUAAUUUUAAGGGUGAUAUUCCCUCCUCAUUUGAAAACCUUAAACGGCUUCAUACUUUGUAUCUUUGCAACAAUAAUCUCAGUGGUCAAAUUCCAUCCUCACUUGGAAGCCUUAAGGUACUCUUCUCGUUAGACCUUUCCUAUAACAAUUUUAAUGGUGAGAUUCCCUCCACAUUUGAAAACCUUAAACAGCUUAAUAGUUUGCACCUCCACAACAACAAUCUCAGUGGUCAAAUUUUAUCCUCUCUUGGAAGCCUUAAGGAACUCUCCUCAUUGGACCUCUCCUACAACAAUUUUUAUGGUGAGAUUCCCUCCUCAUUUGAAAACAUUAAACAGCUUGACAGUUUGCACCUCCACAACAACAAUCUCAGUGGUCAAAUUCCAUCCUCACUUGGAAGCCUUAAAGAACUCUCUUCAUUGGAUCUCUCUUACAACAAUUUUAAUGGUCCCAUCCCUUUCCAAGGAAGCAGGCUUCCAAGUCUAGUAUACCUUGAUUUAUCCAAUAACUUGUUACAUGGCCCAAUUCCAAGUUCAGUUUUCAAACUUAUGAACUUGAGUUUACUCAUUCUUUCAUCCAACAAAUUGAUGGGAGAAGUCUCUUCUGCAGUGUGCAAGCUAAAUUCUCUUGAAAUUCUUGACUUGUCAAACAAUAGUUUGAACGGCUUCAUGCCACAAUGUUUGGGAAAUUUUAGCAACAAUCUUUUAGUAUUGCACUUGGGCAUGAACAAAUUCCAUGGAAACAUCCCUGAAAUGUUUUCAGUACGCUGUAGCUUGAGAUAUUUGAACUUCAAUGGUAAUCAAUUGCAAAGGAGAAUCCCACCUUCGAUCUCCAAUUGUAAAAAUUUGGAAAUUUUAGAUCUUGGAAAUAAUAAUAUAGAUGACUUAUUUCCCCAUUUUCUAGAAAUGCUUCCAAAGUUGCAAGUUCUAGUUCUAAAAUCCAAUAGACUCCAUGGUUUGGUGAAAGGGUCCUCUGCCAAUUAUCCAUUCUCAAAGUUACGAAUUUUUGACCUCUCCAGUAACAUGUUUAGUGGACCUUUACCUGCAGAGUAUUUCAAUAAUUUCAAGGCAAUGAUGAACUUUGAUGUGAAAAUGGAAUACAUGGAGGGUCCAUUCAAUUCUUAUGAUUAUUCUGUGAGUUUGACACUUAAAGGAUUGGAGAUUAAGUUGGUGAAAAUCCAAACAGUUCUUACAACCAUUGAUUUGUCAAGCAAUAAAUUCAUAGGAAAGAUCCCACAGGUGAUUGGAAAGCUUAAAUCACUUAAGCUACUCAAUUUAUCUCACAAUCAACUCACAGGCAAUAUUCAACCAUCAUUAGGGAAUUUGAGCAAUUUGGAAUCAUUAGACCUCUCUUCAAAUCUUCUUGUUGGAAGGAUUCCAAUGCAAUUAACAUAUUUGACAUUUCUGGAAGUAUUUCGAGUCUCACAUAAUCAACUUGAAGGGCCUAUACCUAGAGGAAAGCAGUUCAACACAUUUGACAACACUUCAUAUGAAGGAAAUUUGGGAUUGUGUGGACUUCCACUAGCAAAAUGUGGCAAUGGAAAGAGGCAAAAACCAACAGCAUCAAAGGAAGAUGAUUCCAAGUCUAGAAAUGGAUUUGGGUGGAAUGCUAUAUUGGCAGGGUAUGCAUGUGGAGUAAUAUUUGGAAUUGAAAUGGGAUAUGUUGUGUUUAAAACAAGAAAACCUACAUGGCUUGUGAGGAUGGUUGAAGAUGAAGGGCAUUGAAAGAUAAAAAGAUUUAGCAAUUAAUGUUCAUAAAAGAGAAACUUUGCAAUGUGACUGGUUUUUAAAGGUAGAUGAAGAAUAACUAAAAAGAUCAGACCAAAUGCAGAUACAGUCUCAGAUACAUAGUGCAUAUGAAUGUGAUCAGGGCAAAUCUAGCACAAUCGUUCUAUCAUGUAUAAAUUUAUCUUGUUAUGCUUCUCUUUGAUAAAGAAGGUUUUUUUACAUCUAAGAUUUGGCAGUUGGUGUGGCAAUUCAUUUUCAUUUAGCUGUUAUGUUUGGGCUGAGUUCCAUUUCUGAUUAGCCUUAAUUAUAUGUUGGUUGGUUAUUUUUAUUCAUUUUUUUAAUAAUCGCCAAACACAUUGAUUUAUUUAAAACUCUUUUUAUAUAUAUGGUACAUUGGAAAGUAUUUAUUGGCAAUGAUUUAAGCUCAUACAUAUAUAUAUACAUAGCUUUGAUGAGUGGGUCUUUUCCUUCAAUGUGGUUGGCUGGGUUCCUCUUCCUGUAGGAGGGCGAAGGUAAAUACUGGCGAUAGUGUUAUUCCAAGAGUGUCCAAAGCUGCCUCAGUGGGCAUUGUGCACCAAUAGAGGGGGCUAUGGCUGGGCGGAUUUGCUUGUAAUUUGGCAGCUUGCGAUGUAUACAGAUUGAGUUUUGGAGGUUGCUACGUGGUUUGGAUCUUGUGUUAGAUUUUAAUUUCUUGUCAUUGUAAUUAGGCCAGAUCAAGAGCUUCAGUUUGCCAAUGAAGUUCAGAAACCACUGAGGCUUUGUACUUGUGGAGUAUGUUACAAAGCAAGAGGCACGUAAUGCAGUUCAAGCACUUUCAACCGCCCAUCUGUAUGGUCGGCAUUAGGCUCU